AUGGAGUUACUGCAACUACUAAUCAUAUGUAGUGUUAAGUUGGUGAUUGGUGUGAAUAAUGGAUUUCUGAACCCUAAAUUAGGGAAACCCAUGCCGGCUCUGGAACCACUCACUGUAGACAUAAGAAUUGAAGGCUCCACUGAUAAAAUCGAUUAUCUCGAACAUAAAAACGGCGGCACAUACUCUUGCAAUAGUAAUUACGGAUUCAGUACCAUUAUCGAUUCUACCCAAUCUACCACUGAGUUUAACACUGACACUACUACUAACAAUACUACUGAUACUACCACUGACACUACUACUGAGUCCACUACUAACACUAUUAGUGAGACAAUGACUACGAAUAGGGAAUUAAAGGGUGAAAUAAUAUAUAGUGCGAAAGAUGUAAAUGAGUAUGCGUAUGUGGUACAGGUGGAGCGGAUAUCACCGGUGUCAAAGAGUGUGAUUUUACGCCUGAACAAUGAGGACUUUGUUAAACUCAGUAGGCAAAACGGUGAAUGGGUCAGAACUGACCGGCUAACUCUGGACAUUAGUAAGAAUUUUAGCACUGAUAGUCACAAGUACCAAAUUUUCGGCACUAAAAGCUCGGGCAUUUUCAACACCGUUUUCAACGAAAGGCAAAUCCCAGACAAAGACCACUACACCAAUUUCAUUCCCAUCAACGGGAAUCUAUUCAAUAAAAUCAUUGAAUCCUACGAAUCUCAUGAUUCGGGUGAGUCAGGUGAUUCGGAUGAGUCUGGUGAUUCGGACAAUUCCGGUGAAUCGGGAGUGAGAGUAAUUUGGGAGUCUACAGAUGUAUUAGAAUGUGCAAGGGAGGUUUCGUUGUAUAAAAAGGACAUGGUAAAAUAUUUAGCGAUUUUGACGAAUAAGUUUAAUUAUUUCCUGUACCACUGGAAUGAGACGAAGCGAUGGAUUAAUAUUACAGAAACAAGAAUGAAUUUGGGCGAGUUGAAAUUCCAUUUUGGCGAUGAAGAUGUGAAAUCCAUAGAGGAAUUACCCGGCGGCUAUUCUGUGACGUUAUACUGCCUGAGGUAUUGUGUUGAAUUUUACUUUCCAGGGCUAAAACUCACAAAUUGCACUGUGGCCGACGUUUUCAUAUACAAUUUACUCGAAAAUAAAAUUAGUUUGAAGCUGAGGAAUGGGCAAAUUGUACCCGUCACACCGACCAAUAAUGAGAUAAACCUGUGUUUCAGGAGUGAAACUAGGCAUUAUCCGUUGGUUACGAAUAGGCAUGGCUUACCAGUUGAGGUAUUAAAGGUUUACAAGGAUUUGUUCUACGGCGGUGCUGUGUCGUUGGACAUUACCGAGGAGGACUCUACGGAGUACUUUAAAGUCUAUAAAAAAGGUGAGUUAAAAGAGUUUAGGCCUUGUAAAAAGUAUCGUUUUAGUAAAGUGUUUGAUGUGCCCAGUGAUGGCAAGGCUGUGUUAAUUUAUGCUGCGCCAAGUCCCUCGGAACAGCUGAACCACAUUUCAUUUUUUGACGGACUCGUAGAGAAAUUUCUCCUAAUGUUCAGUAACAAGUAUUUGUUAUUUCGAUUUGUAACGGGCAGGAACAAGUGGAUUGACGUUACUGAAUCGCGGGUUAACCUGGCUGAGUUAAAGUUCUACGGUGUGAAUGGAGAGUUGGACCCCCUGGAAUACCGGAUAUUUCCCACGAAUUAUAACCUUGAAAUUGCGUUUAAAGUGAGUUGUCACAUGGUAAAAUAUAAGGAAGCAGUGCUGUGGUCUAGCGCGGAAGAGUGUAAAAGAAUAUACAAAAUCGUAAUCAAGCCGUUGGUGAACAGACUACACAUUCUCUUUCACAAUAAUAAAAUUAAACGAUUCAACAUCACCAACAACCACGUCAACUUCGUCUCACAAGACAAUUGCAUCUUCCACAAACACUCUCAAUUUUAA